AACAUUUUAACCAGCAUGCAACACGACGAAGAUCAAGUUCCAUGUUGUUACUUUCACGCCUCACUUCCACAGAUGCGUCUGGUGUGUACUUUGGGUCUGCUUCUGGCCCUGCUGCAUCUGUGCACGCCGCUGUUGCUAGGAGCCUUCAACGUCAAGUCCUUUGGGGACAAGAAGGCCUCCAACACAACCUUGAUGAACAUCAUCAGCAAGAUCGUCCAUCGCUAUGACAUCAUUCUGAUCCAGGAGGUCAGAGACAAUGAUCUCUCAGCCACCCACAAACUCAUGCAGCAUGUCAACAAAGGUUCUCCUCAGUUUCGGUACAAGAACAUUGUCAGCGAGCCGCUUGGCCGCAGUUCCUACAAGGAGAGAUACCUCUUCCUGUACAGGGAGCAGACGGUGUCCGUGGAAAAAAGCUACACCUAUGAUGACGGCUGUGAGCCCUGUGGAAACGACACCUUCAUCAGGGAGCCUUUUGUGGUCAUGUUCACCUCCAAAGACACCGCUGUGAGGAACUUUGCGCUGAUCCCGCAACACGCUUCCCCCGACUUUGCUGUGCAGGAAGUGGACGAGCUUUACGACGUGGUGACCGACGUCCGCGCCAAAUGGAACACCAAUGAUAUCAUCCUUCUGGGAGACUUCAACACCGACUGCAACUACGUCACAGUGUCAGAGUGGAGGCACAUACGCCUCUUCACGGACAAGAGCUACCAUUGGCUGAUCCCUAACGAGGCGGACACCACCGUGUCUCACACCGACUGCGCAUACGACAGGAUAGUGGUGACCGAGGACAUGAUGAAGGGAGUGGUGCACCGCAGUGCGGACGUGUACAACUACAUGGUGGACUUGAAACUCGACCUCCGUAUGGCUCUGGCUGUCAGCGACCAUUUUCCAGUGGAGGUGACGCUACUUGGUUGAGCUUCGACUGCCAGAACCGUCAGGGACUCUCCAAUUUGAGUAAUCUGAACAUUAUCACAAGACAAUUAAAUUUCCUCAGCCCAAA